AUGGAUGUACAAUUAUCGCUUAUGAACUUCAGCGAAAAGUUUUAUGGGAAGAUAUUGGAAGAAAACAAGAUAUGCUUAGACAAACUGGAGAAUACUUUCCUCUCUCCUUUCAAUAUCUAUACUACCCUCGGAAUGGUUCUGUCUGGCAGUGCAUUGAACACAAAGGCUGAGAUAAUGAAAACAAUGCAAUUAUCUGAAUGCUUAGAACAUGAUAAAGUUCAUAGCGGAAUAAGUGAACUUCUCAAUAACUGUUCAAAAAGUGGUGGUGUUAACAUUAUCCUUAGCAGUGGACUUUUCGUUGAACGUGAUGUUAGUAUCAAGCAGCAAUUCGAAAUUUAUUUGAAGACUUACUAUAAUGCACUGAUAGAACAUAUGACAUUUCAGACGGACAUAGAAUGUGCUCGUAAACGAAUAAACAAGUGGGUUAGUGAACAAACCAACGGAAAGAUCCAACAACUCCUCUCAUCUGGGUCCCUAAAAGAAGACACACGGGUUGUAGUGUUAGCUACUACAUAUUUCAAAGGUUUAUGGAAAUCGGCUUUUCCUGUGAGCAACUCUCACGUUGAUAAGUUUUUUCGUCUAGAGAGGUCAAAAUAG